AUGUCCGCACCGUCGCUGCUUUCCAAGCAGUAUGUCGACGGCAUCUACAUCCCCGCCGGCCUGCUCGUCUUCGGCACCUUCAUCGUGAAGCGCGAGUGGCUCCCUUAUGCUGUGGCCCUUGCUCUUGCCCUCGGCGCCUUCAAGUUCAUUAGAACUCAGCCCAAGAAGGUACUCAAGCCAGAUGCUUUCCAGGAGUUCGAACUUAAGGAGAAGACUGUUAUCUCACACAACGUUGCCAUCUACCGCUUCGGCCUCCCCUCUCCUAGCUCGAUCCUCGGCCUUCCCAUCGGCCAGCAUAUCUCUAUUGGCGCUGCGAUUGCACAGCCCGAUGGCAGCACCAAGGAGAUUGUGCGCUCCUACACGCCUAUCAGCGGCGACCAUCAGCCCGGCUACUUCGACCUCCUGAUCAAGUCCUACCCCACGGGCAAUAUCAGCAAGCACAUGGCCAGCCUGGCUGUCGGCCAGACGAUCCGCGUCAAGGGCCCCAAGGGCGCCUUCGUCUACACGCCGAACAUGGUGCGCCACUUCGGCAUGAUCGCCGGCGGCACUGGUAUCACGCCCAUGCUCCAGGUCAUCCGAGCCAUUGUCCGGGGCCGUGCGGCUGGUGACAAGACCGAAGUUGAUCUCAUCUUCGCCAACGUCACCCCGGCCGACAUUCUGCUCAAGGAGGACUUGGACCAGCUCGUGGCCGAGGACAAGGGCAUCCGUGUUCACUACGUCCUGGACAAGCCGCCUGCAGCCUGGACCGGCGGCGUGGGAUAUGUCACCGCCGACAUGCUUACUAAAUGGUUGCCCAAGGCUGCGGACGAUGUUAAGAUCCUGCUUUGCGGGCCUCCUCCUAUGGUCAGCGGACUGAAGAAGGCGACUGAAAGCCUGGGCUUCAAGAAGGCACGGCCCGUGAGCAAGCUCGAGGACCAAGUCUUCGCUUUCUAA